CGGUGCUUAAUGCGCAAGCUUGCGCCCUCUGCCGUGCCAAUAAGGUCGCUGCAACCAAAGCAGACAUUGGAAGUCAAAGGCGCCUUGUGAACGUCUUGUGACGGACGAAAAGCGUCCGCUCGAAUCCUCCCGGGUUGCUGCUGGGCGCCGACGCGAGGAUCACGCCGCUUCCUCGACCUCCCCGCUCCAAGGGUACCCCCCACCAUCCGCAGCAUCUGACAUGCAAAUCCCUCGAGUGAUGCCGCAAAAGACGGACGGGAGAGAGAGAGAGAGAGAGAGAGAAAGCGAGAGCGAGCGAGCGAGCGCGAGAGAGGGGAGCGCGGGGGGGAGAGAACACAUCGCAGCAGAGAUGCAGCAGGAGGCUUUCCGAGAUUUCGGGUGCCGGUCAUGGUGUCCGGGGUGAAGGCGUGGGACCCCCUCCACGCGGGCCCGAUUCGCUCUCGUCCGAGUGAGCGCCGCCCGGCUUUCGAGGACGACCCUCGCCGGCAGAGUCGGCGCCCCACGCCCCCGUCUUCGCCGCCGCCGUCGCCGUCGACCCGAGGGAGCGCCGAAGCCUCCCCGCCGCCGCCCGCCGGCUGGAACCGGGCCGAAGCGGCCGCUCGGCCGGGGAUGAAGGGGGCCAAAAGGCGCGGCGGGCGAGGGGACGCCACGAUGGAGGACGGGCCCGGGAACGCCCAAAUCACCCUCAGCUUCCCGGCGAGCGCCGGGCCCCUGGCGGCCUCGCCCACGUCGCCCGGCUAUUGCCGUAACGGGGCGUCGUCCUCUUCCCCGCACAGACGCCGGGCCUCUUCCAAAAGCUCCGACGAGGGCUCUCUCUGGAAACUGGACUCCACCACCGACAUCAAGCACAGACCUUUUAAGCCCCCCAGGCACGACGGCUCGCCGUCCUCGUCGCCCUCCUCCUCGUCGUCGAUGACCGCCAAGGACAUCAAAUCGCCGCCGCCGCUGCUCAAGUGCUCCAAAGCGCCUCCGGAGACGCACUUUGCCAGAUCGGCGCCGAGUUCUUUGGACGGCUGGGACGAGAGGCGCGGCCCGCUCAACGGCGCGGCUUCCCCCUCGCCGACGGCCCAGAUCCUCUUCAGCCUGGGCGCCUACCGGGCGGAGCCAAAGGAGAAGAGCGGGGGGCCGAGCCCGCACGGAGCGGGCCUCCCCCCGCCCCCACCCCCGCCCGCGCUCCACCUCCCCCCUCCGCCCGAGGGCCUCGGCGCCGAGCCCGAGCUGAUUUGCGGGGUGUGCCGCCGGCUCUUCAGCUCGGCCGCCUCGCUCGCCGUCCACAUGCGGCUGCACGGCGGGAGCCGCGCCCCCCCGGGCUGCCGCUUCUGCGGCAAAGUCUUCAUCCACGGCAAGAGGCUGCACUCUCACGAGGCCUCCUGCCGGGCGGCCCUGGCCGUGCGGCCGAAGGAGGAGCCGGCGGAGGCGGGCGAGGCGCCGACGGACGCCGGCUCGCCCGGGCCGGAGAAGAACGUCGGCGGCCAUUUUGCCAAGGUGGUGGACGGCAACGUGAUUUACUUCUGCUCGGUGUGCGAGCGCUCCUACAUGACGCUGUCCAGCCUGAAGCGGCACUCCAACGUGCACUCGUGGCGCCGCAGGUACCCGUGCCGCUUCUGCGACAAGGUCUUCGCCCUGGCCGAGUACCGCACCAAACACGAGGUGUGGCACACGGGCGAGCGCCGCUACCAGUGCAUCUUCUGCUGGGACGCCUUCGCCACCUACUACAACCUCAAGACCCACCAGAAGGCCAUCCACGGCAUCAACCCGGGCCUCAUCUCCAGCGAGAAGACGGCCAACGGCGGCUACAAGCAGAAGGCCGACGCCCUCAAGCUCUACCGCCUCCUUCCCAUGCGCUCUCACAAAAGACCCUACAAGACCUACAGCCAUUCGCUGGUGUCGCCGGCCGAAGACCCUCCCCGUCCGCCGCCGCCGCCCGCCGACUUGCAAACUUUCAUGGGCGGGGCUUGUCAUCCUCAGAGCGUCAAGCCCGACCCCGACCGCUUCACCGGCGACGUCCCGGCGGCGGACGGCGAGUGCGCGCCGUCGCCGCCGUUCCCCCGAAAGACGGACUUAGCCCGAGAUCGAGAACGCCACGGCGAGGCCCGCGGCUUCCGGCCGCUUCCGACUUCCUGCCCCGAAACCAAAAGCCACAGAGCCGCCGAGCCGUCCGGUGCGCCUUCCGUGAUCGCGUACGGUCACCCCAAGCCCUCGGUCAUCGUUCACGGAACCGCCGCGUCGUCCUCCGUCAUCGUGCGCGGCGAGCAGCCGGCCCCCGCGGGCGAGCCAAAGCAGCCCCAUGACGUCGCGGUCGCUCGGCGCUCCCACAAGGGCGGCUCGGGGUCGCGCAAGAGGCCAAGGGACGGUGCGGACGGCCACGGCAAGCGGUCCCGAGACAACUCGGAAGCGGCGACGCCGGACGCGCGAUCCGACGGCGGCCCGUGUUUCAAGUCCAGAAAGUCCCACGGCAAGAACGAGCCGUCGAGCCCCGAGCCGCCUCCUCCGCCGCCGUCGUCGUCGUCGCCGUCGGGCCCGCUGUGCCAGAUCACCGUACGCAUCGGCGAGGAGGCCAUCGUCAAGCGCAGCAUCUCCGAGACCGACCUCAGGAGAGACAAAAGCCGCUCUCCCCCCAAAGACAAGAAAGCGGCCAAGGCCGCCCGCGUCCGCCGGCGGGCCAGCCGAGGAGGGGCCGGCAACUCCUCGGACGAGUUGCGGGACUACGACUCUGGCCGAAAGCCGCGCGAGCCGGAGAGCGACCACGACGCGGAGGACAAUCUGUGGCGGCCGUACUACUCCUACAAGCCCAAGAAAAAGGCCCAAGCCCACCUGCAGAGGUUGAAGAGCUGGCAGCGAAAGCUCAAGUUGAAGCGCGCCCUGCGGCUCAAGAGGAGAGCCGAAAGGCUGAAAAAGCGCGCCGGGGGGCCGCGCCACCACGACGAGGGGGAGGGCGCAAAGCCGCCGGGGGCCGAUGAGCGGGGAUGCGCCAUAGACGCCAAACCGGCCAAGGACAACCGCGCGGAGCUCGCCGCCGCCGCUUCGCCGCCGCCCCCCCGGCCUCCCCUCGCCGGCGCAGCCGCUCCUUCGAAACCCAAAAGGCGGCCUUGGACCGCCGGGAACGUGGCGGAGUGCGCCACCUGCGGCUGCUGGUUCUCCAGUUCCGGCAAGCGGGACCAGCAUGAGCUGAGUCAUCUCCUGGAGUUCGUGUGCCUCUUUUGCAGAGCCGCCUUCCCUUCCAGGGACAAGUUGGAGGACCACCAGAGAAUCCAGCACCCCAAGCCCGCCGACGCCUCCUGGGCCCUUCAGAAAACGCAGCUGGCCCAACAAGCACCCGAAAAGGAGCUCCCAGUCGACUGGAGCCGUCCCGGCCCCGCCCCCGCCCACCUGAGCAGGAGGGCCCUGUCGCGCCACACCUGCCCCCAGUGUCACAAAGUCUGCAAGACGUCCUCUGCGCUCGGCCGGCACGUCCGUCGUCACCAAUUCAAGGAAGAGGACGUGGCCCCGCCCCAAGCCGCCGCCGCCGCCGUCGGCAACGCAGAGGCGCUCCCUCCCAAAGGCCAAGUCGUCUCCGUCAUCAGCUAUUCCACCGCCGACCCCCCGAAAAGCGCCGGGCCUUCGUCCUCGCCGGACCGCCGCGCGGACCCGCGACCCGAGGGCGAGGGCGGCCCGAAGGCCAACGAGGGCCCGGUCAACCUUACGCCCGCCAGAGCGCGGCUGGCCCCGGCCACGCCCCCCCCUGCUCUCCACAGCGUGCUGGUCAUGAACCGGCCCGAAUGUUUGGACUACCGCACCGCCGGCAAACGCGGGCCGGCGAGCCCCGCGCGCAGCCCGGCGGCCCCGAACGCCUCCUCGGAGGCGCCGCCCAGCGGAAUAGCUGCCGCCGCUCCCCCCGUUUCCAUGGCAACCGUCCACGGCUCCGGGCGGGGAUUCGCGACGCGGGACGGGGUCAUUAUGGACGGGGAGAGGCGGGCCCGCGGCACCACGUUUGCGCGCGCCGGCUUCGAGGGACCCCCCUCGGUCCAAGAUCUCCAAGUCCGGUCCCCAUCGCGCAGUACGUCUCCCGGCGAAGCGCAAGACCUGACCAUGUCCUCCAUCCUCGCGCGCGAGAGAGAGAUGGAGAGGCAAACGCUCCGCGGGCGGCGAGAAAGGCCGAAGGACAAAGAGGCGGAGGGGCUCCGGCGCACUGAAGCGACCCCGGCGGAGCAAACGCCCCUGCUAGUUCCCAAAGAGGAGCCUUUGAGUCCCGCGCCGUCCCCCCAGCACAUCCCCUGUCAGUCCGGGACCGGUCCCAACGGCCCCCCACCGUCGCGCAGACACGCCGCGCACUCCCCCUGCCGUUCGGCUGCGGCUAAGCGUGCCCGAGAAGCGGAGCGGCUUGCGUCGCCCGGCGGGGGCGACCGGCCCUCCGCCCACGCUCUCCUUCUGCCCCGGCCGGCAAAACCGCCCGAGCGCCAGGAGCCGGCGUGCUACGCUCGCCGGGAUUACGGCCUUCCCCCGAUGGCGCCGGACAACUACCGGCCGGCGAAGAAGCAGCGAGACGAGUUGCUGGCGACCUCCUACCCGACUGGCGCGCUUCCCUUCGGCCCGCUGGCAAAGAUGAUGGUCCCGAACGGCGCCGACUUGGCCAAGCUGCCCUUCUAUCCGGACCCGUACCAGCUCCUCUACGGCUCCCAGCUCCUGGCCUACCCGUACAACAUGGCGGCCCUUCCGGUGGCCCUCAACAUGGUGGCGCCCGGCGCCGACAAGGCGGAGCCUCUGCCCUUCCUGCCGGCCAUCUUCAACUACGGCGCGGGGCCCUACGCGGGCGCGGCGCCGCACCCCCUGGUGGCCGACCCCGCCUUCUACGCCGGUGGCAAGAAGCAACGAGACGGCGGCGCUCACAAACCGUAGGAGAGUGCCCAAAAGGGAUUCUUUUAGGAGCGGGCGGGGACUGAAGGGGCGUGGCCGUCGUAUCACGUGACCUUUGAUCUCUGAUCUUUCGCCGUCGUGUGUCGUAGUUCUAGAACUUGAUGCUCUUAUCGUGACUAUUCCAAUAAGCACUGCGUACAGGGUGUGUUUCCGGCGCCUGAGAGCCAAGCGACUCCAAGCCAGUUUUUCGCACUGCUCGCAAAACGUUGGGGAUCUCAGAUGGGCGGGGGGGCUGGGGGGAGGGCGGGAAUCCCCUUUACAUUUGAACUCUGGCUGCUAAAAUCUCACCCCGACGCCCGAUUUUGUGAGUCGUGAAUGUGAAGCGUACGGGCAGGAACCUCCCCAGAUGUGCUGCGCUUGGUGUGGAGGACAGCUCGUAGGUCGCGCGCUGCGACGAAUGCGCCCCCCCCGCCCCCCUUAUCGCCGGCGUGCAGAAGGGAGACGUCGUCCGGAAGAGUGCACACCGUGUGACUUUGUGUGGCCAGACGACACUGUAGGAUGUGUAUAGCCUAGUUUCACAAAGAUAGUUGCGUCAGGAGUGCGGGGGGGGGGGCACAUGUAGCUGCUUUGGAUAUGUAGCUGGUCACUGGGUUAAGAAAUGCAGGCUGGUAACUCUUGCACUUCCCUUCUUCAUCUCACUUUCUUGACAAAAGAGAGGAAAUGCAAUGCCGCCCCCCCACCUUCCAAACUCCCCACUUGGAGUCGACGGAGUAAACAGUUUGAAUGGAGUCAGGGUAUUGCGUUUCGAGAAAAUGAGGUUGAGCUCAACAGCCAAAGUGAUUCCUGGACACCCCCCCCCCCACCCCUCCCCAUCCGUGUGCUUCUGUUCCAGUAUCUCCUCGAUGUCCGAUGAUAUUGUUGGGCAAGCCCCGCCCCCCCUCCCGCGGAGCUGACUUUGAGGGCGGGGGCCAGGCCUCAACCGAAAAAUAUGAAUGUAACAUGAAGUACAGCUGCAUUAUGGUAGACUGGGAAAAUCCCUUUGAGCAGUUCGUCGAAAGCCUCGAGAUCCAGGGACCUGGAUGCUCUUUGUCCUCGUUAGGGAGGCCAUUUUUUUUUGGGGGGGGGGUUGUUUUUUGGUCCCACUACUGCCGUGUUCCCAUCGCGACACACGUCACUUGUCAAGCAAAACUGCAUUCGCUGCCGUCUGACAACUACUCCUCCGGCUGAGCUUGAGAUGCGAGUGUUUUCCAGGGUACUCGCUGUCUAUUGACAAAAAUCUGAAUUUUUGGGGGAGGGUUCGGUGAGGGGGGGGGGGCAUUCCGAAAAAAAGAAAAACCGUCUUUUCGUUUUGACUGGAAAGAAACGUGAGCGCCGGCGGCUGUGAACUCAAAUCACUCGUUUCACAAGGAGCAGCAGUUGAGCAAAUAGUGAAAAGGAGGAUUCGAGAUGUGAAAAGCCAGCAGCAAACUCUCGAUCUCAAAUGAAGAUUUCCACACAUGCGUCAUCAUCAGGCACAUCUCGACGGUAGCUCUUGUCAAGAUGGCGUAGCGCUCGACGACCAGGAGAAAUUUCUCGUGUCAUUUGGAGUAUCGCUCAAAUCCCGUGAAUAACACACACCCGUGUCGAAACUAGCUUGCGUAUGCUCCGGUUGCCCCGGUUUGACCUUUUUUGCGCAGCGUGAAUCGAAGCAUACCGAUCACAGUAGAAGUGCAGCUUCAAAAUGACGCUCUUUAAAAAAAACAAAAAAAAUACAUAUUUCCCAAAUCCCAUUCUUGCACUAUACGCACUUUUAGUCGUUUUAGUAAGCUAUUUUUUAAACGAUUUUUUUUGGACAAUGUUCUACCGCAAUACAUGAAGCAUAUUGAGUUGAGUUGUGCCUGAAAUGCGCACCAAACAACCCCUAGCUACUGCCUGGGUACUGCUCAACGUUGAAACAAUGUGAAACACAGUUUUUAUUUCUUAUUAAGCCCCUUGUAUAAUGCCCCCCCACUCACCCCCGACCGGGGGUUUUUUUUUUGGUGUGUGUGUGUUCACAGGAUCGUACGGGAGCUCAUUCCGCUAGCGAGGAGAAAGAGGCUAACUCGUGGCUGGAGAUCAAGGCCGCGUCCGAUCUGCUCAAAGGGCUUUCGAUAAGAGACGCGCUUUCAGUUCAUCUUUUUUGUUUGUUUCACCCAAAUAACCUUUUUAGCCAAACGAUAUCAUAGUCUGGUAUGCAUAUAUACAGUAGCGCUAGCCACACGUCAGUAAACUUGGGUUCCACAAAAAGCAUGAGCGCUACUCGCUUCCUUACCGUCUCUCUUGCUCGGAUCAAUCUUGACACUGUGCGCACAGCUUCUUUUGGGGGGGGGUUCUUGACCCCCCCCCUCGCCAACCCCCUCCACCCCCGUCCGUUCCCGUCUCAAACUUCCACGUGUGACUUUUUCCGAUUCUCACCCGAGGGCCCAAGAUGGCCGAAUUCUACCGGCCGUCUUCUUUUUUUCUUCUUCUUCUUCUCUCCUUUUUUCCCCAGGGGCAAACGUCAAAGCGUGUGAGGAAAAACCAAAAGCCGCAAAGUCGCUCACCAAACGGGCCGGCCGUUGUUCUCGUUAUUAUGAUGCUUUUGAUUUCUCUGUUACAAAGAAAAGAGGAAAAGCCUCGCUGUAUCUGACGGACGCAAUAUUCCUCCGAUCCAUUCCCCGUAGCUGUGUUUUUGUUUUUUUUGUUGUUUUUUUUCCCGGACCACAGUUUUCUGGUGUCAUACAGACCAAAAGCAUGCAAAUGGCCUGGUGUCGUCGUGACCGGACCGGACACCGGUGGUGUUCUGCAAUUGUCUGCUGUACCUUUCCGUUGAAAUGAAUGUGCCUCUGCUUUGAUAUUUAAAGAAUUCUCUCGAGUCAAGACGUGGAUCUGCCAGAUUUCCCAUGUUGAGGUGCCUUGCGACGGCAUAAGAAAUUAGAUUUGUAAAUGAACGUGGCUUGGUUUUGGGGUAUUUUUUUUUUCUGUUGAUAUCAUUUGGAGAGAGAUCUCACGUCUUUGUCUGCUAUAAAGCUGUUCAUAGAUGUAGAGGUGCGGCUAAACUUUUUUUUGGGGGGGGGGGCAGGGGUGGGUGUAUCGUGUAUCAUGUCUAGGAGAAUACUGUGCCAUAGAGAACCCUCGAAAUAUGUCCCUUAUUUUUUUGGAAAGAAAAUACACACAAAAAAAAGAGAUGUUUUUAUGUUGCCUGAGGACUUUGUCUUUAGAUUUGAUACAAAGGCUCGUAGCCUCAGCUUUCCCAAAGUCUGUAGUCUCCUUUUCCGAAGUCUUCUUGAUGCCCCCCCACCCCCACCCCCCAUUUCUGUCUCUUUGCUGCAAUCAAACAAAAAUAAAGUAUUAACCUGA